UUUUCUUCAUACGCCUUCACACACACACUCUCAUACUCAUAACUCUCAUAACCCUCUCUCUCUCUCUCUCUCUCUCUCUCUCUCUCUCUUUGUAUAUGAGCUCAGCCCUGGGCAUCAUAUCCAUGGAAAGUACUCAUGAAACCCAAAGACCCACACCCACAUUUCUAGAGAUGGGUCAUGCAGGAGUAGUGCACGAGGCUCUACCCAGUUUUCAAACAAGUAAGAAGAAGCUUGAGACGACAAAGCACAUAAGAAGUACCAGAAGAAAGCGAGGACAAGACAUGAUGAAGUCUCAGGACAAGGAAGACUUGGAUGCAGUUGGUGCUGGUGAUGAGGUUAUUGUGUGUGAAGAUGAUGAGAAGGCAGAGGUGGCGAGAAAGAUUGAGGCAUUGCAGAGGAUAGUGCCUGGAGGUGAGUCACUUGGUGUGGACAAUCUCUUCGAAGAGACUGCUGGUUAUAUAAUGACUUUGCAGUACCAAGUCAAAGCCUUGAGAGCUCUUGCUACUUUCUUUGAGAGGUUGGACAAGGAAAAGACCAAGCUUGGGGGUUGAUAAUGGAUAUUAUUGGUACCCUCUAGCUUGCUCCCAGACCAGAUCACUUGGACUUGCUUCAUAUUUUUAUUUUAUUUUUUUACUUUUUUACAUUAUUCCUUUUUUAUUUUUUGAGGGGGGGUUUUGGGGAAAAAAGAAGAAGAAGAUUUCCCAUCUUUUUAUUUUUAUUUUGGGAGUUUCUUAUGAUGUUUAUUUUGAUAAAUUUUAAAUUUCAAUGAAUAGGAAGAAAGGCUGGUUAGUAGUUGGAAUA